AUGGAGCACGGGUCGAGUUUGGCGAUGACUGCCAGCAGAGCAGCGACAACGCCCAAGGCUUUCGACACCAUAGCCGGCUGCAGCGAGCCGACGGGGUACGCGCGUCCGCCACAGUCAGACUCGGCUCAAUCGCCACGACCCCUCUCGGCGGGCAUGCAACCUUCCGCAAUGCAUGCAAGUGAGCGGGAGUGCGACUCAAAAUUCUCCAACCACUCUUCGGCAUACUCCACAUAUCACCCACCCAUUUCCUCCGCCGGGCACGGGCCGCUGCUGUCCGAUGACGACGUGCUCGUGCCGAGGCGACACGAAUCGGGCGCCGCAGCCACCUUGAUCUCAUUUGGCCAGCGUGGCAACUAUGCCCAUCAAGACGAUCCGCACGCGUCCAUGUCAGCAUCGGCAUGGUACAAUCGCGUACCGUGUUCGACUUCUGCUGCCUCGUACCCUACGAAACCCGUGCGGGCAAUGUCCAGUCCAGUGACACUGGUGGAGUCGGAGCCCUCACGAGCGCGAUCACCGACGGCCUCGGACCCAUUGCCGAGCGUUCCAAGCAGCGGGUGGUUCUCGCAACAAGAUCCUUCGAGGUCGGCCGACCCUUGCCGCUCCAACUCUCAACCAGAGGUUGAAAAACCCAACGCUUUGGCUCCCAAACGACCACCAAACGCAUGGAUCUGCUACAGAACGGCUCGCUUCAAAGCGAUGCGGGCCGAGGGCGCUCCCCCACUUCCGCAAGCUGCGAUCUGUGAGUUCUCGAGCCACCGUUGAAUUAUGCCACGGAGCAAAUGCUCGGGACGUAAUUGCUCGGGACCGUUGAGACCGUCUCAUAUGGGAUUGACGCGAUUUUCGAGCUAGCUUGCUGGACUGCUCACCGCCCUCCGGACUCAUGGAUCAUUUGCUCAAACUGACGAUGGCUUUCACUUCUCGCUCCCUGCGUACUAGCCAAACUCAUCGCGAGUGAAUGGCGCGCCGAAUCCGUAGAGGUACGAGCACGUUACGUCAAGCUCGCCCAAGAUAAGGCCAAAGCAUUGCUGUUGGCGUACCCAGGCAAGUCGGCCUAGCUACAUUGUUGGCCGCUGUUGGCGCGCAAUGUGGACACGCAGCUCGAUCCUGGUAUCAGCGCCUGUCUUCGUUCAUUCGCUGACACCCUAACCUUUGAUUGCAUAAAAUAGAUUAUUCUUACCAACCUACACGCAAACUCAAAAGCGGCGGUACACCAGCGCGCUCCGGUCGGCGCGUCUCCUCUUCGAAGCGCAAAGAGCGACGAUCGACCGCGCCACAGCUUGAAGCGCCGACCCCUGAACAGCAGGCCCAACUUCCAUCCGACCCCACCAUGGUUCCGACACCGGAUCUAAACCCCGAAGAUACUCUAGUAUCGGAAGUGUCGGCGCAGAAAACCUCAAGAUGGAUCAUAGAUGAAUACAAUGGUCUCGGUGGUGGGAGGCAUUCAGCGUCCUUCGAAGAUGCAAGGGGUUCGGGCGCGUUGUCGUCGAGGUCAACUUACUCCCAAUCGUACUACGAUAUAUCAUCUUCCGAAACCCAUCGAGAAGACGAGGAAGCCUACGAGUAUCUCUCGAUGUACGAGGUCUCCACGAAUCACCAACAACGCACGUGGUACGUGCCGACGUCUGCGCCGCAGCAGCCCAUCCCCUGCGAGACCUCAACAACGGCUCGAUACUUCCACGCCGACCCGUGCCUACAACCCGUCCUCCAAGCAAGCAUGGCCCGGUCCCUUUCCUUCGCCCCUCAACACCUACAUCUCCUCUUCCCCGACCAUCGUUCAGCAUCGUGCGAGCCCGCGCAACACUCCCCUACCGCCCCUUUUCCGGUCAUGUACGCUGCGGGUCCGGCGUACAUGCCCGAAGCGAGUUAUCACCCUUGGCAGGAGAUCAACCUUCCGAAUGGCUACAUACGGCCUGAGUAA